CACAAUGGUCUGGUGCUCUUGCUUUCUGUCAGAAGAGGAAAAAAACGCCAUCGCUAUCGAUAAAGAAAUUAACCGUCUUCUUCAGGAACAGAAGAAACGUGAGCUAUGGGAGCUGAAGUUACUUUUGCUGGGUACUGGAGAAAGCGGGAAAAGCACCUUCAUCAAACAGAUGCGGAUAAUCCAUGGCGUGGGCUUUUCGGAAGAGGACCGAAAAGGGUUUGCCAAGAUCGUGUAUCAGAACAUCUUCUCAUCCAUCCAGGCCAUGAUCAAAGCUAUGGAUUCCCUUCAGAUCUCUUAUGCUCACUCUGAGAAUGUGCAAAAUGCUCGACUGCUCAUGGAAGUGGAUGCUUACAAAGUGACCACGAUGGAGGAACGCCAUGCGCGGGUGCUUGAAAGCCUGUGGAAGGAUGCUGGGAUCCAAAUCUGCUACCAGAGGCGUAGAGAAUACCACUUACUCGAUUCUACUUUUUAUUUCCUAUCAAAUUUGGAUCGGAUUGCAGCAGCAGGUUACGUACCCAGCGCCCAGGACAUUCUGAGAACCCGGGUACCGACUACUGGUAUUAAUGAGUACUGCUUUUUGGUGCAGAAGGUAACGUUAAGAAUAGUAGAUGUCGGCGGGCAGAAGUCAGAGCGCCGGAAGUGGAUCCACUGUUUUGAAAAUGUGAUUGCCUUAAUUUAUCUGGCUUCCCUGAGUGAGUAUGAUCAAUGUCUGGAGGAGAACAUCAAUGAGAAUCGGAUGAGAGAGAGCCUUGACCUCUUCCGAACUAUCCUGGAGCUUCCUUGGUUCCAAUACACCUCCAUCAUCCUCUUCCUCAACAAAACAGACAUCCUGGAGGAAAAGAUCAUGAGCUCUGACCUGGCCAGUUAUUUCCCCAGUUUCCCAGGCCCUAAGCAAGAUGCUGAUUCAGCCAAGGAGUUCAUCCUAGAAAUGUACAUGGACGUCUACCAACGCUUCUUGGCCCCUGGCCCUGAUUCCAGUAUUCAGCUUCCCAAAGAUACCUACAGGCCCAGGAUCCUUUACCCUCACUACACCUGUGCCACAGACACACAGAAUAUUGGCACGGUUUUCGAGGACAUAAAGGACGUGGUCUUGGCCAGCUACCUGGAUGAAUUCAAUCUGUCCUAAAGGGCCAUUGACCAGAGCCUGCCACACAAAGGGCCACAGCUGCUUUGCCAUUGCCAAGAGGCCUGUGAGGAGGGUAAACUGAUGGCACUUAAUUCUUUUUGAAAUAUUCCUAGUGCCAACAUCUUCUUCAACGGCAGCUCCCCUUGAGAAUCCUAGCAACAAGAUGGAGACCUGGGGGCAGAGUAACCCCCCAAAGUCUAUUUUCUUCAUUCCAGCAUCACUGAAUGAGGUUCUAAAGACCUGUGCAACUAUGUUUCUUUGCCACAAGUGGCUUGGCAUGAAAUAAUAUACUGCGAAAUGGCAUACCACAUCCUCUGUCCCCUGCCUCCUAUCCGGUUUUGUGGUUUCUUUGACUGUUAGCUAUAUCUGGCUGGAUGCUAGAACCAGGAAAAUGGACCUCAGGCUUCCUGUGUGUGCUCUCCCUCUGAACCUGGUGGCUUCUUCAUCUGCUGGGAUGAAGCGAUGGGUACUUCUAGCGAUUGGUACUUGAGAGGCUGACUUCUUGGGCACACCUGCACAAUGGCCAGUUACUUUGUCAACAAAAGUCAGGGCAGAAAAUAAAACGUUCUACUUAAGCAAGGGAGAUGCUCAUUUUUUUAUUAUGCUUAUGAUUGUCUGAUGUAGGCAGGGCUUUUUUUCAGCUGGAACGCGGUGGAACAGAG